AUGGCCGCUCCAAUCAGCAACACUCACGGCGAUCGCCAAGCGAACGGCCAUGAUGAGACAGCGACAGCAACAUCGAAUGGCAACGGGGUAUCACCAAAUCAUGCGAAUGGCGCGGAGAAAGUACAAAAUGGACAAGAAAACGGCCAUGACCAUCACCUCAAGCGCCCUACCAAGAUCGGAACUGGCCUAAAAGACCGUGUUCACCAAAUUACCAAAGGUCCGCCUGGCGGCUUUGACCCGACCCCUCUUCCAGAUGCGCCGCAAGGUUAUACCAUCCGCUUCAUCUUCCACGGCGCCUCAAAUCUGGCCCCUGGCGACUUCGUGACGGCCUCUUCAGAUCCCUUUCUCCAUGCGACGUUGAAAGGUACCCAGCCGAAGCGGCACAAGGAGGACCCUGAUCUUGUCCACCGGACCAAAACCAUAAGGAGGACAACCGAGCCACAGUGGGAAGAUGAAUGGAUUGUCGCCAAUGUUCCGCCGACGGGCUUUACCCUCAAGUGCCGAAUGUAUGAUGAAGAUUUUCCGGACCAUGACGAUAGACUGGGCAACGUUACAGUCAAAGUGCCCCGUAUUACCCCAGACUGGCGUGGUAUUCCGGCUCCUGGCCAAGUCUAUGAAGGAAAGAAGAGAAUGAUGAGCAAGCGAGCAUAUUUGGCCAAAGCCAUUACCAGUGUCGCUAGCCAUAGUGCUCAUAUGACCCCUCUGCUCCGUCUUAGUAUGGAGCUCCUAGGGCCUUCAGAUCCGCCGUAUGCACAAAUGUAUACAGUUGGGCCAACAACAUGGGUCAAGCAUUUUAGUCCCUUGAUCGGACGAAUUGCUGGUGUCAAGGUCAACGCCAAUGCUGAGGAUGACGCUCGAGUUGAUCGAGAUGAGCAAGUCGAUCAAAACGGGAAGAAGAAGAGUAGGACCCAAAAAUAUGAUUUCCAAGCAAACGAAAUGCAGCUUCAGGGACCUGUGCCUCCCAAGCUGUACCAUCGCUUUGUUGAAUUCAGACCUAUUAUUGCAUCGAUUUACUCCUCAGCAGGCCUGCGCGGCACAAUCUUGAACAAAGCGUUGCACGGCCAGCACCGCCGUGUCUACAACUUCAACGCAUCGACCGAAUACGGUAACUAUGAUGCAUGCACUCCCGAGGCUUCAGAUCAGUUCCUGAAGCUUGUGCACUACGAUGAAGGAGGCCGCACUUUUACCUAUGUCCUGACUUUGGAUGGCAUGUUCAGGUUCACGGAGACUGGCAAGGAAUUUGGUAUUGACAUGUUGAGCAAACACACCAUGCACUCUGACGUGGAGACGUAUAUCGCUUGUUCUGGUGAAUUCUUCAUUCGACGGCUCAAGCGUCCUCUCUCCUCAGACAGUGUGCAUCCUCACACAAAAACACAUCCACAAGAGCCAAUCCCCGGCGGCCCGCCUCAUGAGCACCCUCCGCAUGAUCCUGCAUACUACCAACUAAUCAUCGACAACGACUCCGGCACAUACCGACCAGACAAGUCUACCCUGCCAUACCUGAAGCAAUUUCUCGAGACGAACUUCCCAGGUCUGGGUAUUGUGACAAUGCACUGGGAAGAGAAAGAGCUGCAGGAUAUGAAGGAGAACCAACGCAACAUCAAGAAGCGCGAGGGCAUGAUGGUCAAUAUGGUCAUGAACAGAAGCCAGAGCAGUAUCAGCUCAGCCGAGAGCGAGUUGGAUGACCGUGAGGAGUCUUGGCAGCAAGGACACAAGAGUAAGCGUGAGACAGCCUACGAAGCUUUGGAAGACCCGCACAAGGUUAAGGAUGCUGUCAAGUCGUUCGUUCCAGGAAUGAAGUCGGAGAGGGGGGUGAGCUCUAAAUGA